GUAGCCAAAAUGUCUGCAGCUCAGCCGCUCGCUCUGCUCGAUCCUCGCCUCACUAGGCACACAACGCCAUCUGAAUCCACCCCUCCAAUUGCGACUCUCAUCCGCCGGGAUUUGACUACCCCCAUCGCUCGAAGCUCAGCGAAACGGUCUAUUCACGACCAUGACGCAUUUCGCUGGCGCGCUAGUCAAAUUGUCGAAUAUAUAUACCAAAAAUUGGACUCGCCCGAGUUCUGCAAGUUCAAGCGCGAUAGAACCGCCCUUGCUCUCUUUGUUCGCAUUUGCUUCUCUAUGAAAGUCCCGCGCUUGACCAAGUUGCAAGUUACUCACUAUGCAACGGCGAAUAAAAACGACAAGGAAGACAUUGAAGCCUCAAUUGCUUUCGAGCCUGAAGGGGAAUUGGCCUACGUCUCGGUAGCUGGCCGAUUCAAAAACACCUUCUUUAUUUGUGAUAUCUACUCCGCAUUAGGCUUCGUUAUUGCGGAGACGGAUCCCAUUCGCCUUCCAGAUGUUUGUAUAUCGGAGGACAGAUUAUUCCUGGCGAUGUUUCGUUUCGUUGCUGCCUAUUGUCGAUGGAUCUACGUUUUGUGUGGGCGGGCCAAGGAUGAUGAAGACACACACAAAUGGAAGACAAGAGCGAUUCAAUCAGAGCAACCCCCUAUCCAAGACACUGUUCUACCGAACACGGUUUGUGUGAUGUAUCGGCCUGAGCCGCAACACCAGACCGCUGCAUCGACUGGUAGUCAACCACCAUAUGUGAUGCUAUCAUUCAUCGGUCCCAACAACGGUGGCCGAAACCCAUUGAAGCAUUCAGCACGCUCAAUUCGCUUCAACCACAUUUCUCAACUCGUCAAUGACCAAGAUCUGGGCCUUGACGUCUAUCGCACCCCUCGGGAAUUAGCAGGCGUCAGCAACUCGCACCUUGGUGAAUGUGCAGAACCUUUCCCACUUUUAGUUCAUGCCAGCGAGAUCAACACCCCCAACGGACAGACCGCGAGUCCAACGCAGGUGUACGGGAUGUCGCUGGACGCAAGAGCAGGACAACACCUCGCACAUUUUAUCCUCACCAAGGUUUUGCUCGAAUUCCUAAAGGACACAUGUGUUGAUUGUCGCUUCAUCUUGCAUGUUGCACAUGAGUUUGGAGGCGACUCGCUCGAAUAUCGAGAUCUUGCACAACACCGCAUCGACCAACCCUUACCUCCCGCUUUCUGCUAUCUUUGCCACGCCUGCUCACGAAAUCGUCCGGGCCUCUUGGAGUUUGCCUGUAAGGGUUGUCGAGUAUACUUCUACUGCUCGUCUGCAUGCCGCGCCCAGGAUCAAGAGCAUAUUCCGCAUUGUGUUAGCUCGAGCUUAUGCGCAAAUUGCUUGACUCUCAAACCAAACAAGACGGACACUUGGUUGUCAUGUGAAGAAUGCAACAAGGUCGAUGAGCAUGUGCCAACGCUGUAUUGUGGUGAAGUAUGUCGAGCCAGCGAUCGAGAAAAGCACAGAGCAUAUUGUGAGGACACAACAGACAAGGGACCUAUCCCUGAGAUCUGUCAAUUAUUUUGGGAUGCUCACUUGGACUCGUAG